AUGGGUAACCCACCCUCGAAUAUCCCCAAUGACAAGACCGCCGACAAACCAAUCGAUGCUGGGGGUGAUAUCGUGGGCGAGAUGAGCGACAGAGAGCGGAAUCUCUACGAUGAAGGAAUGAAAAAGUUCUCGCGUCUGGGCUGGAAGCGAUUGACAGUGGUCCUGAUCGUGGAAGCUAUUGCACUGGGCACACUAUCUAUCCCCUCUUCUUUCGCCACACUAGGAAUGGUUGCCGGCAUCAUCUGCACUGUUGGAAUUGGUCUUGUUGCCAUUUAUACAAGCUACGUGAUCGGUCAGGUCAAACUUUCAUACCCGGAGAUUACCAAUUACGCUGAUGCCGGCCGCCUGAUGGGAGGCCGGGUUGGAUAUGAAAUAGUGAGCGUGAUGCUUGGUCUCCAACUCACCUUUCUUACGGCAUCGCAUUGCUUGACUGGCACAAUUGCCCUGCAAGUGAUCACCCAAAGUACGAUAUGCGCUGUCAUCUUCGGAGUGGUAUGUGCUGUCAUUCUACUCGCAGUUGCUGUGCCGCCUAGCUUCACGGAGAUGGCAAUCUUGGGCUACAUCGACUUUGGUUCUAUUAUCAUCGCCAUUGGCAUCACUAUCAUCGCUGCCGGUAUCGAGAGAAACGAAGCCACCACCACCGCCACCGUAUCAGGCAUGGCUUGGUCAGCAUGGCCGCCGGAAGGUACGACUUUCACAGACGCCUUUAUCGCCGUUUCGAAUAUCAUCUUCGCCUACAGCUUUGCGAUUUGCCAGUUCUCGUUUAUGGAUGAGAUGCAUACCCCGAAGGAUUACGUCAAAUCGAUUUGGGCUUUGGGUAUCACGGAGAUUGUGAUUUAUACCGUCAGCAGUUCGUUGAUCUACUCCUUCAUCGGCGCGGAUGUCAAAGGUCCUGCUAUGCUUUCUAUCAAUGAAACCGUAAGCCGGAUUGCAUUUGGAGUGGCGCUGCCGGUUAUCUUCAUUAGCGGUUCUAUCAACACCGUUGUUGCUGGGCGGUUGAUCCAUGGUAGAAUCUUCAAGAACUCUACUAUCCGCUUCAUUAACAGCGUUGCUGGGUGGUCAACUUGGUUAGGGAUCAUUACAGUUAUCACCAUUAUCGCUUUUGUGAUCGCCGAGGUCAUUCCUUUCUUCGAAGAUCUACUCUCCCUGAUCUCCGCCCUGUUUAUUUCUGGCUUCACGUUCUACAUCCCAGCUUUGAUGUGGUUCUUCUUGAUUCGGAAGGGAAGCUGGACUUCACCCCGUAACUUGGCACUGGGAGCUCUCAACGCAGCAAUCCUGGUGAUGGGUUUGGUAAUCCUGGGUGGCGGCACAUACGCCAGUAUUCAAGAUAUUCUUAACAAUUAUGCAGCUGGGACGGUCGGAAGCGCCUUCUCCUGCGGGAAACAAUAUUAA